CUUUAUGAAACUUCCUUGAAGCGGUUACUUUAUAAUCUGUUGUUUUUAACUUUCGUACAGCGAGAUAAGAAUGGUGUCCCUAGAAGAGGAAUUGGCCACAUUUGAAAGACUUGAACGGGAGCUAUUAUCUAAAUGCAAGCAGGCCCCAAAUACAACUUCUCUUAGUGUUAAUUACACUUCAUCACUUUACCCCUCGUCAACUUUUCCAACCUCUAUCAUUGCGCAAAAAUCUGGAAAUUCAAUCACCUCUCUUCCGGCUUUAAACAAUUCAAGCUCAACUAACGUUUCUCUUACUUUUCAACACCUUCCUCUUUUUCCUAAUAUUGAUGUAUCCGGUCCCACAAUGGUUCUUGGGAGCGACCUAAUUAUGUUACAAAACAAACAGCAAGCAGAAAAGGCAGCUGCCUUGAAAGCCGACGCUGGAAUUUCGAACACUCUUGUUUUAGAAAAGAUUUACGGUGAAGAGCCCACUUUGAGGCAUGCCGGUGGCAAAACUUGGCGUGAUAAAAGUUUGGCUGACUGGAAAUCUGAUGACUUUAGGAUAUUCGUUGGGGAUUUAGGAAACGACGUCUCUGAUGACUUAUUAACGAGAACGUUCCAACAGUAUCCAAGUUUUUUGAAAGCAAAAGUUAUACGGGACAAAAGAUCAGGAAAAACGAAAGGUUACGGGUUUGUAAGUUUUAAAGAUCCUAAAGAUUAUGUUACAGCUAUGCGCGAAUUAAAUGGGAAGUAUUGUGGUAGUCGACCCAUGAAACUUAAAAAGAGUUGUUGGGAACAGAGAAUCCAUAAAAAAGGCCUUAGAAAAACUAAAAAAUAA